AGAAGAAGAGGCAGCGGGGAUAAGAGUGGGGAGCUUUCGAUUCCGGAAGGGAGGUCGGAGAGUGAUAGACGGUGACAUAUAAUUUCAAGGGAGCUGCUCUUUGAUCUUCUUUCCCGGAAUCGAAUUUUCCUUUGAUUUUGUUUUCCCUUGCAAAUCCUUACCAAUUUCGCAGCCCAGGCUCCUGCGUCGUGGGUCUUCUGUGUAUUUUGAAUUCAUGGGUGGUUGUCUUGGAAGCUGCACGAAGCCGAAACUAAGAACUAAGCGGAAUAAUCCAUUGAAAGGUCUACCGAUUCAAUGUCGUGGACUAAAGAAACCCAGCAUAUCAGAGGAUUUCUGGACUACUAGUACAUUUGAUGUGGACAACAGUGCUGGUCAAUCACAAGGAAGUAUGUCAUCAAUGAGUACAAUCAACCAGAUGCACGAUCCGCACGGUAGCUCAGGCAAUGUACACAAUACUUCGGAGUUUAUAAAUCAUGGCCUUCUUCUGUGGAAUCAAACUAGGCAAUGCUGGUCGGGGAAUAAACGGUCCGAGAACCGAGCAUCGCAGUUCCAAGAACCCAAGUUAGAUUGGAAUGCAACCUAUGAGAAUUUACUAGGGAGCAACAAGCUAUUCCGUCAACCUAUCCCACUCGGCGAAAUGGUAGAUUUUCUUGUGGAUGUAUGGGAACAAGAAGGGUUGUAUGAUUGAUUAUUUUGAAGAAUGAGCUGCAGUGGGCCUUUUUCUUUGCCUUGUAUUUUGCUGAAACGCAUUCAGAUGAACAUUUUCCCUGCUGCCUAUUCUUGAUGCUUGGUUUGGUUCCCUUUAUGCCUUGUUUGAUAUUGCUGUAGAGUUUUUAUAUCAUAACUCUGUUAUAGAAAAAUCAAAAUCAGCUAUGAUGGAAAA